CGCCGAUGUUAUAACAAUCUACCCUAUCUUUUCUCUCCUUAAUUGUUCAUUUCUGGUUAUUAAUAUGUAUCUAACGAAUAGAACUGCCAGAUUUACUCGGCAGAUAGCUCGUAAUUUUGCCGUUGAGGCUCCAUCAGAGCGCGUUAAUGAAGUAUUGGUCGAACGAUUGGAGGGUGUACAGAAAGGAAUUACAGUUCUUGGCCUCAAUAGGCCGGAAGCCAAGAACUCUUUCAGCCGUGGAUUGGUAGAUACCUUUAGAGAAAUUUUGGACGAAAUUAAGAAGGAUAAUGGUUCGAGGGUUGUUGUCCUUCGCAGUCUUACACCAGGCAUAUUUUGUGCUGGCGCUGAUUUGAAGGAGCGGAAAGGCAUGUCCACCGAGGAAACCAGCGAGUUUGUUUCCAGUCUAAGAAAUCUGCUCAUUAGCAUUGAACAAUUGCCGAUGCCCGUGAUCGCCGCAUUGGAUGGCGCUGCUUUGGGUGGUGGUCUGGAAAUGGCCCUGGCAUGCGAUAUACGCACGGCAGCUUCAAAUGCCAAAAUGGGUCUAGUAGAGACGCGUCUGGCCAUAAUCCCUGGCGCCGGCGGCACUCAGCGACUGCCUCGCAUUCUCUCCCCCUCACUGGCGAAAGAACUUAUCUUCACUGCUCGAGUAUUGAAUGGAAAUGAGGCCAAACAGCUAGGUCUCGUCAACCAUGUUGUAAAUCAGAACGAAAAAAAGGAUGCUGCUUACCGGCAGGCCCUCAAGCUCGCCGAGGAAAUUCUGCCAAACGGACCAGUAGGUGUGCGCAUGGCCAAACUGGCCAUUGACAAGGGCAUGCAGGUCGACCUUAACACUGGAUACUCCAUAGAAGAAGUCUGCUAUGCUCAAGUAAUACCGACAAAGGACCGUCUGGAGGGACUCGCUGCGUUUGCCGAGAAACGCAAGCCCGUUUACACGGGAGAGUGAAUGGAAAUGCCAUGAUCCUAAUGUUAAGCCGAAAAGAGCAUUUAGAGAAACGUAGAGAAACGCAAACAUAAAAAAAACCGUGCCCAAUUUGGUUGAUUUUAUAUAAGGCCGACGAUUCUAUUGAGCUGCCAAAUAACUUAAAUUACGUUAAUUAUUCAGCUAUUUUUUAAUCGGUUCGCUGACGCAUAUGCACUUAUUCACGUCAAAUCUACGAACAUCUGAUAAUUACAGUCAUUAAAUACCAACCAAUUUAUAUCUAAA